CGCCGAGCCGAAAACAUGCUCCUUCUGUAUAUCCCCUAUAGUCGUUCUUAAGUUGGUGACUUUUAAACUUUAUUAGAUAUAAAUGACAUCGAAAUAUAAACGGAGUUUUCUUUUUAUCCAAAGAAUAAUCCAAUUAAACUCAAUUCUUCCACGUUAUAAUUAUUUUAUAAACUUUCUUUCGUGGAAUAUAAUCAAUUAAAAGUAGUUUAAGUAUAAACAAAGAAGUAUCUUUGUCAAUAAUUUUUAUCUUGAUUGAGUGAACAGUGCCUAUUUUAUGACGACAAAAGAAAGAUAUAUAAACUAGAAAAAAUUUAUCAUAUCGAACGAAAUUAGUGUAGCUUUUUUUUAUUGGAUCAUUAUUUUACAAAAUACGGCAGUGUGUACUAUAAUAAUCAUUUAUCCUUGACAAUAUUCCUUCGUCAAUUAUUACACGAGCAACAGGAUAUAAUCGAUCAAAAUUUCAUUAUCAUCCUUGAAAUUUCACGCUUUGUUCUUCGUUACAGUGACAAAAUUUUAAUCGUUCCGAAGUCUAUCAGAUUUUUACACGACACGUGAUUCGAAUCAUGAUUCACGUUCAAUCAAAUGCAUUAUUAAACGCGAUAAGUCUAUCUUAUUUGCACAGUUCGCAAACGUCGAUAUCGUGAUUUAUAAUCGAUGAACGACACACUCAUUGGACCAUCGUGCAACAUCGAAGAGGAUUUUAAUUACUACAUCGAAAAUCCUGACGAUGUCCGGAAACGUACGGACGGGUGAACAGAAAUCGUCGUCAAUGGAUCGUGGAUAAGCGUCAUGGCGAAUCAAACGACUGAUUACCAUGGGGACGUUUAUCAAUGGAAUCGAACAGUACCGACGGACGAACGCGAUACGCAAACGGAAUAUUAUCUAGCCAAUUGGACCGAUCUCGUGCUGGCUGCUCUGUUCUGCAUGCUGAUCGUCGUCACUAUAGUCGGCAAUACACUGGUGAUAGCAGCGGUAAUUACGACGAGACGACUAAGGUCCGUUACUAAUUGUUUCGUAUCCAGUUUGGCCGCCGCGGAUUUAUUGGUCGGUUUGGCUGUAAUGCCACCGGCUGUACUGCUACAGUUGAACGGCGGAAGCUGGGAACUCGGUGAAAUCCUGUGCGACUCUUGGGUGUCCUUGGACAUUCUUCUCUGCACAGCUAGUAUUCUAUCGUUGUGUGCGAUAUCUAUAGACAGGUACCUCGCGGUGACUCAACCAUUAGUCUACAGCCGAAGACGGAGAAGUAAGAGAUUGGCUGGUUUAAUGAUCGUAGCUGUCUGGAUACUAGCAGGUGCGAUUACGAGCCCUCCUCUUCUUGGCUGUUUCCCACGAGCAACUAAUCGCGAUAGCAAAAAGUGUUCCUACAACAUGGACUCUUCCUACGUCAUAUUCUCUGCCUGCGGGUCCUUCUUCUUACCAAUGUUAGUCAUGCUUUACGUUUACGGAAGGAUCUCCUGCGUUAUAGCUAGUCGACACAGAAACUUGGAGACCGGUGACUCUGAGAAAACUCGUCGACGAACUCGAAAUGCACCGAUCGAACGUACAAAGAGCAUGAAGAUUCGUCGUUCGGAGUGUACGGUGGAUAGUGAUACUUGCGAAAGGACGUCGAUCGAGGGUGAAACUACGAGCAGUUGCAAGAAAGUGGGUACAAUUCGAGGUCAUCAGCAGAGCUGUAUCAACAGGGUAGCAAGGGAAACGAAAACCGCUGGCACAUUGGCAGUAGUAGUGGGCGGUUUCGUGGCUUGCUGGUUACCAUUCUUCAUUCUCUAUCUUGCCACUCCGUUCGUCCCGAUGGAACCACCAGAUAUCCUGAUGCCGGCAUUAACGUGGCUAGGUUGGAUAAAUUCAGCGAUAAAUCCAUUCAUCUACGCAUUUUACUCGGCCGACUUCAGGUUAGCAUUUUGGCGGUUAACAUGUCGGAAGUGCUUCAAAAGUCAAACGACUUUAAAUCAUACCGAACGGAAAGUACCAACCCCUGCGACGUGGAGGAAGAGUGCAUCGAGAACGUGAAGAUCAAUCUCAUUGAUCUUGAAAAUGAUUGAAUAUAUACUGCGCAACGUAGUACGAAAAAUACGAUUUUCAAGUGGAUUAUGGGAAGAAAAGGAAAAAUAAGAAAUGGAAAAAACGAGUUUCGUUAUGGAAGACGCUGUCGAAGAAGAAACCUCCUAACGAUGUUUCCUGUAUAGAGAUGAUUUCUGCAUCGCUUGGAUAUUCUGUUAACGAGUGAACGAGUGAACGAGUGAACGAGUGAACUGAAAAAGGGAGAAGAUGGAUAGAUGGAUAGAUAGAUAGAUAGAUAGUUAGAAGGAGAAAGAGAGAGAGAGAGAGAGAGAGAGAGAGAGAGUGAGAGAGAGAGGGAGAGGGAGAGAGAGAAAAAUUUUCCUUCGCUUCAGCGCGUCUUUCGUUCGUUAACGUAUCUUUUCAUAACGAUCACGCAAUUUUCUUCUUUAUAUUUUUAACAAACGCUCGUGUAACAUUCAUGGCUCGUGGAUCAAAUGUAACUGUACACAAACAAUAUAUAUAUAUAUAGGUAUAUAUAUACAUAUAUAGGUUUUAGAAUACUAUAGUUCGUUUCGUUUCACAAUGAGAAAAGUUCUAUUUAUCUUCUUCAAAGAUCGUUGUAGUUGAUCGGUUGAACUCUGAGUUUAGGCCAGGGCCACUUCUCUUUAUUUCUUUCUCUCUCUCUCUCUCUCUCUCUUUCUCUCUAUCUAUCUCUGUCUCUCUCCUUUUCUCUCUCUAGUUUAGCAAUGGAUUAGAGCUUGGAUUAGCUACGGUUUAACUCUACGUUAGUACCGGUUUGACCCUCGGUUGUUUCUGAAUUAGAGCCGCGUUAGGUCCUUUUGUGAAGACUUCCAAAUUAACCACUCUGAACAGAAAGAGAGAGAGAUGGAGACAGAGAGAUAGAAGACUCAAGGGGCUAGUAGUUUCCAUCUCGUCGACUUACGAAAAUCGAAUCCGGUUCGAGAGUAAUGUCAAAGCUUUCGACGAUAUAUCAAGGAGCUCUUUAUCUCUCUCAUCGAGGAACAUGCAUGAGAAAUAGGAAAAAAUUUUAUGGAAAAACUUAACAUGCGAUCCUUCAAAAACUUUUUCUCGCGAGCAUAAAUUCUGAUAAAUUAGCUCGUAAAUUUUACCUUUCAAUAACACAGUUGUGAGUUCGAUUGAUAUCGAGUUUACGAUAGUAGAACGUUUCUCUAUGCUAAAUUAUAGUCUUCGUGAAUAGCGUCGAGAGAUUUGCCUAAAAUCAACAUUGCAUGGAGAACGUAUCAAAAUACAUACAUAUGUAUGAAUCUACGAAAAUUCAGUUUCAAUGCAAAAUAAUCAAUGCAUAAGGAAUAACAAAUAAUCUCAAAUCGGUGCUGAUUUCCUAUUAAUUAAUUUGUUCUUCUAUGGAAAUUUGAUAAUCAUAGUUUUGCAUUUUUCUGUUAAAACAUUCGAAAGGUAUGGGCUAAGAGAGAAUAGCAAAUUAUUUUUUCUAUCUCUCUCUUUCUCUCUUUCUUUCUUUUUAAAAGCAUCGUGUUAUCCUAUUAUCCAUUGCUUCUUUCAAACGUUGAUUAAUAUUCUACCAAAAAUCAAUGUCGAAUUAAAAAUUAACAGAUAUAUAAUUUAUGUAAUCGCAAAGUAUCCGUGCGAUAUGCGAAGAACAAAAAAAUUAAGUUAAAAUUGCGUCGUUAUCGUCGAAUAAUAAACAUAUCUAGAUCAAUCCAUAAUCUCUUUCACACGACGAAGGUAAACUUUUCUAAUGCGUACGAUAAUUCAUAAUAUAUUCGACGAGAAAAAUCUUUUUCUAUAUACAUACGUAAAUUAUCGCGCUGACCACCUUAGAAACAAAUAAUCAUCGAUAUCAUGAUUGAUGAUCCUUUUACUGCGUCCUUAAAAUGCCGAUGUCGACUCUCAUCAAUACGAUGAACUGUCUUUGAAAAUAUAUUUGUAUAUGCAGCGAAUGUGCAAAACAAACGCAUUAUCACGAUUUAUCGAAUAAAAUAUUACAGGAUA